AGGAAUAAUUAUCAUGCGAUAGCACUACUCAGCACAUACUUCUUACGAUACAAUGUACACAUUGUGCGUGUGACCGUUACGCCACUGACAUUAACCGAUACAUUGCCCGAAGUGAGAUUGACUGAAACAAAAGAUUCCUCAACACUUUUAUACAUUUUCUAUCGGAUAAUCAGUCAGUUGUGCCGUAACGUUUCUAAUAACCUAAAGACGAAGUCGUCAGGAUCGCUAGGUUAAAAUGCAACAGUGUCCUCGUUGGAUUUGCUCUCGGUAAGAACCAUUCAGUUCGAGAAUUCAUCCGUCCUUAACAUCCGUUAGUUCACAUUCCGAUAGCCCUUCACGAGUAUGAACGUCGAAGAAAACAGACUCAGGACGUUCGGCGAAUGGCCCGCGAAUGCUGCGGUGGACGCGACGCGAAUCGCGAAGGCCGGAUUUUAUUACACUGGACGCGGUCAGGAGGUGCAGUGUUUCAUAUGCGGCACGAGGAUAUCCGAUUGGAACUACGGCGACCAAGCCAUGGUCCGUCACCGGUUGGCCGAACCCGCUUGUCCCUUCGUCGUUGAUCCAGUUGCUACGUGUAACGUUCCAUACUUACCGGUGACAGCGAACGACGUCGCGGCCCGAACGACGGCGACGUCGCCGUCGUCGUCGUCACUGUCGGAUCCGCAGCCUGACAAUGACGCCGAGGACAAUCCGGGUGUGACGCCGAGCCCGUCUGCUGCUGUACAAAACACGGAACUCGUUCAGGAGUAUGGUACUGUUGCGCAGAGGCUACAGUCGUUCACUGGUUGGCCAAUAGCUUCCGUCGUUUCACCGGUGGAGUUGGCUGAAGCUGGGUUUUACUAUCGUAAACUUGCGGAUAUGGUGGAAUGCGCAUUUUGCAGAGGUGUUCUUAUGAACUGGAAACUGGGUGACAAUCCAGACAGAGUACACAGGGCACAUUUUCCAAAUUGUGAUUUCUAUAUGAGACGAGAAAUAGAAGAUGCUGUAUCAGGAUUAGACAACGUCACUAUAUUACCUGGCACAGGCACAGAAGCAUCAAACUUAGGAAUACAAAUGCACAUGGCACCUAGCAGACCGGAAUAUGCGACUUAUGAAGCGAGAUUACAGACCUACAAAAAAUGGCCGGCACACAUUAAACAAACCCCAGAAAUGUUAUCUGAUGCUGGUUUCUACUAUGUUGGAUACAACGACCAAGUCAGAUGUUUCCAUUGCGAUGGGGGACUCAGAGGUUGGGAACCAACAGAUGACGUAUGGGUCGAACAUGCUCGGUGGUUUUCAAAGUGCGGUUACGUGAUCCUCGUGCGUGGACAGAGCUUUAUCCAACAUUGUAUAGAUAAUCGGCCACCCUUGGAUUCUGCGAUCUUGAACAGUGUGCCGGACGAAGAAAAUGCAGACAUUGCGGGAACUUCUGCUAUGCCUAAUUCCACAGGUGUACAACCUAACGAACCAGUACCGGAUAGAACGAUUAAACAGCUAUUGAAUACACUUCCAGCUCUAACCGCCCUUGAAGUUGGAUUAUCUAUAGGUCGAGUAACGAGGGCGUUGAUAAGAAGAAUGCAGGACGUUGGCACACCUUAUAAAAAUGCCGAGCACCUUAUAGAGGAUGUUUUGCACGAUCAACUUAUGGAAGAGGAUAUAAGACUAGAUAAUAAUGCUUCUAAUUCAUCGUCUCCUGAAUUGAUCAAUCUGUUGGAUGAAACUGCUACUGUACAAAUGGCUGAUCCCACAAAUAAUCCCGCGAGUCAGUCGAACGAAGCUACAAGCAAUAGUGUACGAUCAGAUGUAAAUCUGGAUGAUAAUAGAGCCUACGAAAGUAACACGCAGGAAUCUAAUGCGCUCGUUGAUAAAGACAAGCCCGAGGAGAAGAAACAGGAUAAUAAAUCAGAUAUUACGGUUUUACGAGAGGAGAAUAGGAAGCUGAAAGAGGCGCGUUUAUGUAAGAUUUGCAUGGACCGCGAUCUAGCCGUAGUAUUCUUACCGUGUGGACACCUGGCAACGUGCAUCUUCUGCGCUCCGUCUCUCACGUACUGUCCAAUGUGUAGAGUGAAGAUCAAAGCUAACGUUCGUAUCUUCUUGUCUUAAAUUGAAUUGUACAUUGUUAAGUAGGCUUCUGAAAGAAUGUGAUACGUAUAGGGCGAUUACGACUGGAAAAGCAAAUUUACAAGAAAAUGCUUUUGCUUUUCCAUUUGUUUCAGAGAUGACACGCUGCACCUUACCUAUACAUAUGAUACCUGUACAUUAUUAUGUAUAUAUAUUUUGCGAAUAUCUUCAUAUUCGUCUUAUUUUUAAAUGACAAUAAUGUGAAGUGUUGCAAAUUCAUAUUGUGUGACGAAAUAUCUCAUUAAUGAUGUCUCAUUAAAUGUUGGCCGAUUCUGUUAAAGACAAUAAUAUCUUGAUUUAUCAUUUGAAUCAUAUUUGUAUCGAUAGAGAUGAUGCCUUUAUUUUAUUAGUAACGCAGUUUCUCAAAGAUACAUAUCGUAAACAAAAAAUAUAUAUAUAUACAUAUAUAUCUAUAUAUUUUUAAUUAUGGUAACAACUGAUACACACGAGAAACGAAGCCUAAUCAAGUUGCGAAAAUUUUAAUCGUUUCGAUAGAUUGAAAUUGCUUGAAAUAUUUAUUGGUUUUGAAAUACGUUUUAUAUCUGUGCAAAGCGAUGGUACAACUCACAAAUAUGAUGUAUUUUAUUUCUAUAUACUUAUCUGUAUAUUUAAAGUGCUGAGAAAUUUUGUUAUAUACACACAUGUGAUACAGAGAGGCAUAGAUUUAUCACUACUGAGACUAACAGUUUAAUAUAUAACAUUUAUAAUAUACACACUCAGAGAGAGAGAAAGAGAGAGAGAGAGAGAGAGAAGUAGACAGCAGAUAAACAUAUAUACACGCACACAUCAUGUCCAUACACAUCCCUCAGGUAUUAAAAGUAUUGUAGAGUAAAAGUACCUUAUUCGUUGAAAUCUAGAAGAAGCUAAAUGUUAUUUAUUUCGUGUUCAUAAUUAUAAAUAGGAAUUUGUAGUUUCCAGGACGAGCCAUGCGUUUAGGCGAGCGUUUAGCCUGACGUUACAAUCGAGUAGAAAAGAGGAAUUUAACUUUAUUAAUAUUUGUAAUUUAUAUAUUAAAAUAAGACUGGUAUCGCGUAGUAGAAUAUAGAAAGAAGGCCAGAAUAUAUAAUGAUCAUUUUUUUCUCAUGAAUACACAAUUAAAAUUAAAUAAAAAGGAAUACAAAAUUGUUGAAUAAUCCAUUAGGUUUCAAUGAGACGUUUUAUUGAAUUCAGGUUUUAUUCUGCAUCGAUUGUGGCAUAUGAUAAUAUUUAGAUGAAUUUAAAGUAAAGAGCUUGAAUAAGUCCAUAUAGUCGAGCAAAAAGUUUGAAAGAGAUCUAUUUUAACAAUAAAAAAAUAAUUGAAGAGGGGAAAUAAGAGAAAAGAGAAAUUAUACUUAAUUUCGUGUUUCAAAAGGAUAGAUAUUUGUAUUGAAGAAGACUGAUGCAUUUUGAUGUCACUAAUACUUUGAUGCCAUAUGAAGAGGUUUACAGCAAAAUUUUGCUCACAAUUUUGUAACCUUAUAAGAAAUUCUGUUAAAGUAAUAGGAUCAUAUUAAAUUAGAUUUAUAUUUUAUAUUAAUUCAAUUUAUUUAUUUACUUUUGUUACAUGGUAUUGAAUGUAUAUAUAUUUAUAACUUUUUAAAUAUACACAAAUUAUUUAUAUUUUGCAGAUUAUUUUUACUUCCUAUGUUACAUGCGCUUUUAGUUAUUAAUGUAUCAUGAAUUGCGUAAGAUGCUUAAGAUAUUAAUUUGCGUCUAAUAAUGUAGAUUAUAAAAUAAAAAUUGACGAGUUUCUUGGAGUUUCUUUGGAAAAAAAUUAAAAGUUCCGGAAAUCUGGUGAUAACUGAGACAUUGAUAUUUGAUAUUAUUAAACAUUUUUAUAUGUAAAUAGAUGUUAUCACUGUCAUUAUUGGCAUUGCAGAAUGUGCUACAAUACUGCUUAUUGAACUUGGAGUUUAUGUCCACGAUAGUGCUUAUAUCAGUAUUUUUAUAUAGCGGAUAAAGUGACACAUUAAAUGAAUUAAUUAAAUAAAUGUAACACAAAUAUCACGUAAUAGCGUUGCUUUUUAGCAAUCAAUAAUUAUGCUGGUAUAACGAAUAACAAAUGAUUAUAAAAUUCUUUAAAGUUGGACGAGUUCUUUUUACUAUUAGACUAUUACGUCACUUGAGGCAGGAUAUGAAAGAGACACAAUUCUCAUUCAGCACUAACUACGUCCCCGUUGGAUAAUGUGAUAAAGACUACGUAAAUUUAGUGUGUCAGAAAUAAUAUAUAUAUCAGAGAUAGAGAAUCUCCAAAGAGCUAUUUACACACCACUGUUGCGCUUACCGUGGGUGAGUACAAAUGUCACAAUGUGAAUAAACUAUCAAGCAUUAAAUAACAAUAUGUACGAUCUUGGCGCAUAAUAAAUCUAGCAGAAUAAAUCCGCCGAAAUUAUCCAAAAAA